AUGGGAGGUGGAGGUGGCACGGGUGAGUUCUACAUAGAAUGUGGGAUGGGAAUGAACUCUUUGCAAGAAGGGUUAGGUGAUAAAGUUUAUGUAUCAAGUAUGGUGGAUGAUGGGAAAUCGGAUGUGGUGGAGUGUAUUUGGUUCGGUAGUGGUAGUGACAAAGGAGUGACUUACGAUGGGAAAUCGGAUGUGGUGAAGUGUAUCCGGUUUGGUAGUGGCGAGUGGCAAAGGAGUGACUUCGAUGAAUUAUGGA